AGUUCCUGCAGGUGACAAUGGCAAGUAAGGCUCAGAAUUCUGAUGAAAAUAAAAGUUUUAAACGCAAAAAGGAUACUGAGAUUAAGGAUUCAGAGAUUCUGCACAGUUCCUCAUCAGCAAAGCCAUCUUCAAUUAAUUCAAACAACCCUCAAUUUGGUGAUAUAGAAAGUAUAAUAAAAGAUUUAAGCAAGGAAAUAAACCUAUUUUUUUCUAAGUAUGCAAGGACAUUGAGUGAGCAAUCUGUUGUAGACGCCUCGUAUGUGCAGGAGUUUGAUGAAAUCCUUAAAGAAGCCAGGUCUUUGGAAGGCCAUUUAAAGGAGAAAAGGGAAAGCCUAAGGAGCCAGCUUACUGUGAUUGCAAAGACGCUGCAGAAGUAA